CUUCUCGAGCCCCAGCCGCCCCGGCCCGACAUGAGUGAGGCGGCUCGGGAUCCCUCGCCCGGAGCGCUGCCAGCGGUGGCCGCGGCCGCCUCAGAGGAGAGGAAGGGGAAAGAGCCGGAGCGCGAGAAGCUGCCGCCCAUCGUGACGGCCGGCGCAGCCGCGGGCCUGGACAGAGGAUCCAAGGGCCAGAUUUCCACUUGUAGCAGCUUUGUUUCAACUGUUACCCAGAAGAAAGAAGCUGCUGAAAAUAGAGGCUCACCUACCCAUCUUGCUCUCCCCAACAUCAGGAAUGUGAGAGACCUACCACCGGUUUGUCUUGAUGUUAGACAAAAACAGCGCAUGUCUAUAGAUGCAUUAUCAUCUGAAGUGAAGGUCUCAGCCCUUCCAGAACCUACUCCUUCCAGCCAGCCCAAGACUGUAAAAGACUUUGCGGAAGAAUUAGAAAAAGCUGAGUCAACAGGAAAUUGGAAAACAGUACAUGCUUUUUAUAUAACAGCAUUUGAUUCGUUCUCAGAAUUAAAUACUGCAUUUAAGAAAGAUGCCACAGCCUCAUUUAAUACCAUUGAGGACCCUGGGGUUAAUGCUAAUUUCGUGAAUGCUGUAUUUGAUGCCUUACUUAAUACUCCUCAAGAUAUUCAGAAGUCAGUAUUGAAGGGAAUCAUUAACAGCCUGUUACAAGAAUUUAAAGGCCCACGAACAAAAGAUGAUCUUAGAGCGUAUUUUAUCCUGUUACAGAAUCCUCAAUUUAAUAGCACAUCUACAUAUGUCAUCUAUGCUCAUUUGCUACGACAGAUAGCUACCUUAGUGGAAGCUGACCAUCAUUUCCUAGUUCACUGGCUUAAAACAUUAUCCCAGAAGAAAUUCAAGCAACUGGUAGAGAGAUUGUUGCAGUUUGUUUCCUUACGCCUGUUUCCAGCAAAACCUGAAGAAUUCCCUCCUCUAACGAAGUGUACCUGGUGGAUUCCAUCAGCCUCUAAAGUUCUGGCUUUGCUUAAUACUGCCAACAAUUUGGUUCAUCCUCCCCUUAUUCCUUACACUGAUUUCUAUAAUUCUACCUUGGAUCACAUUAAUCUCAUGGAAGAGUAUCAUACUUGGCAGAGCUUUGGAAAUUCUCACAGCAGGUUUUCCUUCUGUCAGUACCCAUUCGUUAUUUCUAUAGCUGCAAAAAAAAUCAUUAUUCAAAGAGACUCAGAACAACAGAUGAUAAGCAUCGCAAGGCAAAGUCUGGUGGAUAAAGUAUCUCGAAGACAAAGACCUGACAUGAAUAUGCUAUUUCUAAAUAUGAAAGUAAGGAGGACACAUCUGGUUAGCGACUCACUUGAUGAGUUAACCCGGAAAAGAGCAGACUUGAAGAAGAAGUUGAAAGUUACAUUUGUGGGUGAAGCUGGUUUGGAUAUGGGUGGCUUGACUAAAGAAUGGUUUCUUCUUCUAAUUCGCCAGAUUUUCCAUCCAGAUUAUGGCAUGUUUACUUAUCACAAGGAUUCGAACUGCCAUUGGUUUAGCAGCUUUAAAUGUGAUAAUUAUUCUGAAUUCCGAUUGGUGGGAAUUCUCAUGGGACUAGCUGUUUAUAACAGUAUCACUUUGGAUAUUCGUUUUCCUCCCUGCUGUUACAAGAAAUUGCUGAGCCCCCCCAUCGUACCUACUGAUCAGACUACCCCAGUAGGCAUCUGCAGUGUUGCCAUUGACGACUUGUGCCAGAUUAUGCCUGAAUUGGCCCACGGAUUGAAGGAACUCCUAUCAUACGAAGGCAAUGUUGAAGAAGAUUUCUACUCAACAUUCCAGGUUUUUCAAGAAGAAUUUGGAAUAAUUAAAUCCUAUAACUUAAAGCCAGGGGGUGAUAAGAUUCCAGUUACCAAUCAGAAUAGAAGAGAGUAUGUGCAGCUUUAUACUGACUUCCUUUUGAACAAAUCUAUCUAUAAGCAAUUUGCUGCCUUUUACUGUGGAUUCCAUAGUGUGUGUGCUUCAAAUGCCCUAAUGCUGCUUCGUCCAGAAGAGGUGGAAAUUCUGGUUUGUGGCAGUCCUGAAUUGGAUAUGCAUGCACUGCAGAGGAGCACUCAGUAUGACGGCUAUGCGAAGACAGACCCGACUAUACGAUACUUUUGGGAUGUUGUGCUUGGAUUUCCUCUUGAACUUCAGAAGAAGUUGCUACAUUUUACUACAGGAAGUGACAGAGUACCUGUGGGAGGGAUGGCUGAUUUGAACUUUAAGAUUUCAAAAAAUGAAACUUCUACUAACUGGUUACCUGUGGCACACACUUGCUUCAAUCAACUCUGCCUUCCUCCAUACAAGAGCAAAAAAGAUCUGAAACAGAAACUGAUCAUUGGAAUUUCAAAUUCAGAAGGGUUUGGACUUGAGUAACCUAGAAGACUUGAAAUACAGUAUUUUAUAUGUAGCAUUCACUUCCCUCUUAUUGUGCCUUUAACAUUUUCAUGUUUCUGUUCCAAAACACUUUCACAAAGCUCACCACUUUUAAAAUAAUGAGAUUUUUUUACUCAAAUAUGAAAUAUGUGUAGUGAAGGCAUGAUUUUUAAAAAUACAUCAGACAUUUAUUGACUAAAGAAAAGAGCAUAUGGCUGAAACAGGUCUGAAUCCAGUGCUCUUUUUUAUAGCGUUUUGUUUUCCAUACAUAGUUUGUCACCGGUGCCCACUGGGAAAGCCAAGAGCGGGACAGAAUGCAUUUCUGACAUGAUGGAGCCCAGUGGCAGAUGUGUGCUUGCUUGCAGCGCACUGUAGCAAAGCAGAGAGCUACAUUAUCUUUACCAUAAAGCAUGUAGCCAUAUUUUCCUACAAAGGUAAACAACACAGUAUAAUUGCAAAUGCAGUUUACAGGGUCUUUUGAUAUAUUGGUUUGGGGUUCUAUAAGAUCUUUUCAACUGUUGCUGAAAAGCAUGUAAAUAAAUAACUACAGAACAGCCUAAGAAUCAUGGGAUUUUGAUAGUGCCAUUUAUUGCUAGAGAUUUAUUUUUACAAAGUAAAUUUAGGGUUUUAGAUGUGUGUACAGCUUUUACACAUUAAUAAAGAUGAUUGUACAAGAGUAUUUUCAGACCAAUUGGAUUCAAGGUUAUAUUCUUUUAAGUAUUGUUAGUCCGCAUGCUCACUGGCAUUAAAUUGGUUACUUGGGUAUUCUGUAAUGUUUGUAUAAUAGUCGUUUCUUCUUGAAAACCAAGAUAGUAGAACAAAUUAGACAGAACUAGUCAUUGAUUACUGAAAAUAAUUACAAGCACAAAAAAACUGCCAUUUUAUAUAUUUUGAUGUAUAACUUGUAUCUACAUUUUUGAUCACCAGUUAUGCGAAUACACUAAUUUUUAGAAAAUGUAGGAUAAGAUGUUUGACGAAAGUGAAAUACAAUAAAAAAACGUUUGCGUCAAAAUGAUGUAGCUUGGUAUAAAAGAAGUUUGACAUUUUGGCUAAAAUGUUUAUUUCACUGGAUUCUAAAUAUAGCAAAUUCAAAAGCACCCUUGGUUUCUAUUUCUAAUAAAGUAGCAUGUAAACGCUGCAUUUUUAAGCCCCAGGGGUUUUUUUUUUCUUUUAAUUUAUAGUGAAGCGGUUUUAUUAGCAUGUUGCAAACAUUUCCAUCUCAAGACUUCUCCUACUCUUUGAUAGCUUUUCUUCAGAAAACUCUGAAGUUACAUUUGCAAUAAGAAUGAAACCAGCAUUUAGUACCAGCAUAUGAUCCACAUGCAAAUAAUACCUGGCCCCAGUCCUCCCCCAGUCCUCCCCCAGUCCUCCCCCAGUCCUCCCCGAGCGAGGCAUUUCCUUGUUGCCGUUGCUAUGCUUCCUGCACCAACCAGCAGAAUUGAAGGGUGCAGGGACUCAUCAGCUUGCCCACAGUUCUGAGGCCCACCCACACGUGUUAGAGGACCAACUCCCCUACCUGCACUGCUUGAGACUGCAAAUGAGUGCUGUUCCAUCCGAGUAUGCUAAAAGGAUAUUUCUUCUUCAAAAUCUCGGAAAGCCUAAGACAGUGAAGGCACCUUUGGUUUGGUUUGUGCAUUCUUUUACUCUAUAUGCAAAUAAAACUGCUUCUCUCUUGCACUGCUUGAACUAGAAGGUGCGAUGUUUAAUGAAGGUGACUAUGAACAAGCACAAAGGGUCAUGUAUACGAAGCCAGGGUUAGUGUCUAAGUCAAACGUAAGCAAAGGUGUUUGUUUUGUUUUUGUUAAGGAUGACUCAUGGAAAUAGUGUUGGCUUAGUCUGCAUGUCUAAUGAUGUGUGUAUAUUGAUAGCUAUGUCACUUUUAUAAGUACACAAGCCAAAUUUGAAAUGACAAAGUCCACAAAUAAUGGAAAUUUUUGUUGUCUUUUAUUAAGUUGAAAUUUAUAACCAUUAAUUACUUGGUCAUAUAUUUAUGCUCUGUUUUGGUUUACAAUGUAAUAAUACCUCAUUUUAAAAGUACAAGCCACUACUGUUACAUUUUAAUUUCAUCAGUUAGAGGAUUCAUGUAGCUUUUUAAAUAUACAACCUGUUAAUGAUUUCUUGAGUUUUCUAUCUGCCAUAGUAAAUUAA